AUGUCGCCCAAGAAACGGACCGCGGACGACCUCGACGGCGGCGGAGAGCCGAGCACCGUCAGACAGCCAAAGAAACUCUUCCCCAUCUUCAGUGAACCGCCCUCGGGCCCUGAGCGCAAUCAGGAUGCCACCUUCCGCUGGAUCUCGCCCGCCUUAGGUCCCAACCGUACUUGUCUUCAUGGCCUCAACUUAUCUCCCAAGAGCUCUCCCAAGGUUGCCGCCUUCGACCUCGAUGGCUGCAUCAUCCAGUCCAGCUUCCCAAAGAAGGGUAUUCCGCCAUCCCAAUUCCACUGGUGGAGGCCAUCCGUGCCAGGCAAACUGAAGGAGCUGCAUGAUCAAGGUUAUUCCAUAAUUAUCAUCACAAACCAGGCUCUCCGCAGUGCUGCCCUUGCCGACUGGAGAAAGAAGGUCCCGUUCAUAGCUGCCGCUCUCCCCGACGUCCCCUUCCGUCUUCUGGCUGCUACUGCUCGCGACGGCUUUCGCAAGCCUAUGCCCGGCAUGUGGUACGAACUCGUGCGCAUAUUCGCUCAAGACAGUGUCCGCAUCGACCUCCAGGAAUCCUUCUUCGUUGGAGACGCCGCCGGCCGCGCGGGUGACCAUGCAGGUACUGACAGGAAAUGGGCACUUAAUGUCAAUAUACCCUUCUUCACGCCGGAGGAAUACUUCCUGAAACUCCCCACGGCAUCAUAUACCCUACAGGGCUUCCAUGUGUCUUCUAUCCCGAAAGACGUACCACUUAUAUCCCCCACGUCCACUCCCCUACUCCCUGCGCCCUCUGCUCCAGAGAUUGUCCUCUUCGUCGGCUUCCCUGCACUAGGUAAAUCUUCGUUCUACAGGACCCAUUUUGAGCCUGCUGGCUACGUCCAUGUCAAUCAGGACACCCUACGGACCAGGGACAAGUGCGUCAAAGCCGCCCUGGAGGCCGUACAGAACGGAAAGAGCUGUGUCGUCGACAAUACCAAUAGGGAUGCACAGACGAGGAAGCAUUUUGUUAAUCUCGCACAGAAGUCUGAUGUGCCUAUCAGAUGCGUGGUUUUCAACGGCUCUAUUGAGCUCGCAUGGCACAACAACCUCUACCGUGCAUACAAUCUCCCUCCCUCCCUAGUGGAGAAAAAUCCGAAGCGGGAUCUGGUGCCGUACACGGCCUUCACAAGCUUUCGCGCCCAAUACGAAGAGCCACAACUGAAUGAGGGCUUCACGCAGAUCAGAAAGGUGAACUGGACGUUUGAGGGCGACGAGGAGCAGCGACAGAGAUGGAGUAUGUGGCUGCAAAUAGACGGCAGAUGA